GAUGUGGUCUGUAAGUGAGACGUGUAGUCAUCCAUAUUUAAGAGCAGCUGACUAAAUCAUCUUAAAAUCCCUCACUAAUGUGUGUUCGAUGUCUCGGAGCCGAGUAGUGCCGAGGUCCGACACUAGAGGCUUUUCCUUCCCGCCGCCCUGCUCGGCUCCGCUCGGCUCCGCUCGGCUCGGCUCGUCUCGGCUCGGCUCAUGUUUUGGUUCGCUGGAUGUCAGGGCCACGCUUUCCGCUCCGCUGUAGCCGGCAGUAGCGGUGAUGGCUCUCCUAUGAGGCGGGGCAGCGCGGCUGUGUUCUGAACCUGAACGCCGACCGAAGCAAUGGCCGGGGUUUUCGACAUCGAUCUGGAUCAACCGGAUGAGAACGUCUCUGACGACGAACUCGAGGACGGGGUUUAUCUUAUCUUCUCUCAUCUCAUCUACCCUCCGUGCUGAGAUGUCCUGCCCUGUCCUCUUGUUUCCAGGGACAGCUCAGUGAAUACAUGGACCAGUGCAGCGGCUUUGAAUUUAACAUGGAUGACUGUGAGAAGUUUGAAAUUUCAGAGAACAGCGUGAACAAGGGAACAGAGCAGAUCAGGCCUGAAUGCUUUGAGCUGCUGAAAGUUUUGGGAAAAGGUGGCUAUGGAAAGGUCUUUCAAGUUCGGAAAGUAUCAGGUGCUACCUCUGGGAAAAUAUUUGCUAUGAAAGUUUUGAAGAAGGCCAUGAUUGUGCGUAAUGCUAAGGACACCGCACACACCAAAGCUGAGAGGAACAUUCUGGAGGAGGUGAAGCAUCCUUUCAUUGUGGACCUCACCUACGCCUUCCAGACGGGGGGAAAGUUGUACCUCAUCCUGGAGUAUCUGAGCGGAGGAGAGCUGUUUAUGCAACUGGAAAGAGAGGGCAUCUUCAUGGAAGACACCGCAUGUUUCUACCUGGCUGAGAUCUCCAUGGCGCUGGGUCACCUGCACCAGAAGGGCAUCAUAUACAGGGACCUGAAGCCCGAAAACAUCAUGCUCAAUAACAACGGGCAUGUGAAGUUGACAGACUUUGGUCUGUGCAAAGAGUCCAUCCAUGACGGAACAGUCACCCACACCUUCUGUGGUACUAUUGAAUACAUGGCUCCAGAGAUCCUAAUGAGGAGCGGACAUAACCGGGCAGUGGACUGGUGGAGUCUGGGAGCUCUCAUGUAUGACAUGCUAACAGGCGCACCUCCAUUCACUGGUGAAAACCGAAAGAAGACGAUCGACAAAAUCUUGAAAUGCAAACUCAGCCUUCCACCUUACCUCACGCAAGAAGCCAGGGACCUUCUGAAAAAGCUGCUGAAACGUAAUGCCUCAUUGCGACUCGGGGCGGGACCAGGAGAUGCUGCUGAGGUCCAGGCCCACCCAUUCUUCCGGCAUAUAAACUGGGACGACCUCCUUGCUCGCAAAGUAGAGCCUCCAUUCAAACCUUUCCUGCAAUCGGCUGAUGACGUCAGCCAGUUUGACUCCAAGUUCACCAGCCAGACUCCAGUGGACAGUCCCGACGACUCCACGCUCAGCGAAAGUGCCAAUCAAGUCUUCUUGGGUUUCACAUAUGUAGCCCCAUCUGUGCUUGAGAACGUCAAAGAGAAGUUCUCCUUCGAACCAAAAGUCCGCUCACCACGGAAGUUCCCCGGAAGCCCCAGAACACCUGUGAGUCCGGUGAAGUUUGCUGGAGGAGACUGUUGGCCCAGGGGACCCACGCUGCCGGGCAGCACAUCCCUGCAGUCCAAAGCCCCCGGAGAACAAGCCAUGGACGUGUCAGGAGUGGAGCAAAUGGACACAAGCGGCAGCGGCACCUCUGAGGCGUCCGCGCCGCUUCCCAUCAGGCAGCCCACAGGCAUCAAUGCAGGGCUUUACAAAAAGCAGGCCUACCCCAUGAACUCCAAGCGGCCAGAACACCUACGCAUGAAUCUAUGACGCUCGGCCUGCCUACGAACACUAGGACUCAUCCAAUUCCUCUUCUUUCCCUUUUAUCGUUUUCUUUGAAAUAGUCUUGUAUAAGUUGUUUUUUUUGUUUUUUUUAAUGGACUGAAACGGUCAACGCCGAUCACCAGCUUUUCCAGCAGCGCCUUCUCUACUUUGGCCUCCAAAAUCCUCAUGACUCAUCUUGGCCUUCUUAGCCCGCCACAAAUACUCAGCAGUUAACUAUAGAGGAUAUAAAAAGUCUACACACCCGUGUUAAAAUGAAAAAAUGAUUUUGCAGAUAAAAACACCUUCACUCUUCCACCUUCCACGUGAACUAUACCUUCUGUAAGAGAAAAACAAAACGAAAACCAUUCAGGAAAAAUUUCCUCAUGUAUGUAUGUGUCUUGUAAUUGGGGAUGUGGCUGUGUUCAGAGUCAGCCAAUCACAUUAAAAUGCAUGUUAAACAGAAGUUAGUGAUUAAUCCCACAUGAAGUUCAGCUUUUCCCCUGUGGUCAUCUUAGUUUCAUCCUUCUGUUCAAGCCAUGUUUCAUAAAGAGCGUCCGAAGCAUGGACGCAAUGAAAUUAUUGAAAGGUUUGGAUCAGGAGAGGGGUACAUUAGAAUUUCCAAGGCAUUAGCUGUAUCAUGUUACACGUUGGAGACAGUUAUCAACAUGUGGAGGAAACAGUGACAUUACUAAAACAUGACAUUAGCUAAAAAAAAUACACCCAGUCUCUAAAAACCAUGUGGAAAAGCGUAGCUUGGUCUGAUGUGUCCAAGGUUUAACUUUCUGACCAAAAGAUGUUUGACUCUGAAACAACACACGUCCCCAAAAGAACCUAAAACCAAGACUAGACUCCAAAUCAAAAAGAUAAAGUGUUUAAUAGCAUUAGCACACACUUACCCAGAUUAUUGGGACUUGUUUUUCUGUGUUCCUGAAUGGCUUUCAGUUUGUUUCUCACUCUCAGGUUAUAGGUCACAUUUAUGUUUUGAUUUUUUUUUUCUUUUUCUUUACCUGGUCGCUGGGUAGAGCAGGCGGCUGAGUGGGCUGAGGUCGUGUCAGUGGACUCAACUGGCAUUAGCAUAUUAUUUACUGGGGCUUUUUUAUCCUCAAGUCUGGACAAUGUUACUUUUUAGUUUUCACGACUAGUUGCCUCCUAUCACAGGAAGAGACUUUGGUCACUUGGGAUUUUAUUUCUCCCCUUUUUUUUUUUAAAACCACCUUGUGAUAAGAACUCGCAGGUAAGAUGAAGCAGCGUUACUCCAUAGAAAUUCCACAAUGAACCCAGCAUUCCUUUUGUGUUCGAAGAAAAAAGAAUCACUUUGCCUUUGUCACUGGAGCACGUUGUCAGGAGGAGGCGGGGCACGAGUUACAGGAAAGCAGCUAUAAAAAGGACGGCAGUGAAAUUUCAGCUGAACGCAUCGAUUCCACCACAAUCAAUUUCCAAAACCUGGCGCUGCUUUCUCGGUUGACUGGAAGGCUUUCUGCCAGAGGCCUGUCCAGAAGCACCGCUCAGUUUCUUUGUGUUGAAUGUAAACAGACUUGAAAUGCCUUUUAGUGUGUCACUUUUUUUUUUUACUUUUCUACUACUCAUCGACGAAGAUGUUGACCCAAAAUGCGCUCAGCCUAAUUGAUAUCACUAAAUUGAUAUUUUUUUCCCUCUUUUUUUUUUUUUCCUGAUUCAGACUACAUUCAUGUCUGUGCGCUGCAGAUGCCUUUUGUGCAUUGACGGUGAUGGGGCUCGAAGUCUUACUUGAGACUUACGAGUGAACCAUCAAUUUAAAAUGUGUUGUCGUUAAGAUGCUAGACCUGACGCUGUGGUGCCUCUGGAGUCGAGCCAUUCUGAAGUUUGCAUCCGAAAACGUGCCGCACCAUCAGAUGCAGGUAUAUAUAUCCCAUGAUACUGGUUGAAAAUUGAAUGUGUGAAGAACAGCUUGUGUUUGAGUGGCUCCCCGGUGUUUUAUCCAUACUUUUUGAUUUACCAAUAUUCCUGUUUCCAUGAACCAAAUGAUUUUUGCUGGUAAACAAAAACCCGGGACAAAGACAAUAGAGGUGUCUUUUUUGUUGGUGUAAGAACUGCAAGGUUCAAAGGUCAAUUAGUUGUUUCCUCAUACAUUUUUAUUAUAACUUCCUUGUUCUCCACUUGGAUACAUUUUUUCACGUGUUUGUGUAAAUUUCUUGAUUUUUUUCCAUAGGUUAAGCUUGUUAUAAGUUGUCAUGCAUAUUCAUCUUUUUUCUACCAUUCAGGCAAAACAGCUGUUUAACAGCAGUCACUCACUUUUCACUCCAUUUGGUUUCUGUUUAUAUUUAUUUAACGCGCUGUCGUGUUUCCACUGUAUUGUUUACACUAUGCAAACUAUUUAAUAUGGAGUAUUAUUUAGAUAAGGCAGCAGCAUGUGUGAUGGUUUGAUUUGGCAUUAGUGUCAGACGCUUAUUGUCAUCACAAUACACAUAGAGAAUGAUUUUAUUUCCACAGACCAUGUCUUGCAGCAACAUCAGAUGCAGCUUUUUUUAAAAUUCUGAUUGAGGACAGUGUAGUAUUUAUUUAUUGUGUAGUGGAGUAUCACUCAUUGGGGGGGUUCAGAAAACAUUUUUAUAUUCUAGACUCUAGCUGAGAACUUGAACUUCAUUCUAUCUUUUUGCAGUGCAGAUUAAGUAGCAGCAGUUCUAAAAAUAAACUAAUGCAAAAACCAA